UCUUAGCCGAAAUCAAAAGCAGAGUUCCCUUCGAAGUUCAAACACAAGAGUCACAAAGGUAGCAGUAAUGGCUUCAACAUCUCUUAGCUGUUCCUCGUCGCUUUUUAUGGGCCCAAAGAUCGCUGUAAGUCAGCCCAAUUCCGCCCCAAAUUGCGUCAGUUUCCGGCGACUUCGUGUAUCCGCUGCGGCUUCCUGCGCGUCAACGGUGGAGAGACCCAUGACGUACAAUUCAUCUCCGGCUUCACUGUAUGAGGUUCUGGGGAUUCAGGCGGGCGCCACUUGUCAGGAGAUCAAGGCAGCCUACAGGAGACUGGCGAGGAUUUUGCAUCCUGAUGUCGCCGCAAACGGUCAGGGCGACGACACGGCUCACGAUUUCAUUAGGGUCCACGAAGCCUACGCCACGCUCUCUGAUCCCGAAAAACGCGCCGAUUAUGACCGGAUGUUGAUGUUCCGACAAAGAUUGUCCGUGGGUUCUUCUCGUGCCAUGUCAGCUUCCGCCUCAUCAAUGGCGAGUUCCGUGGCUUCUGGGUUUUCUGGGUACAUGAGGCGGACAUGGGAAACAGAUCAGUGCUGGUAAUUCUCAAUCGGGGUCAUGUAGAUAGCGCACGCCACGGCGGGUUGAUUUUUAGUAGCUUAGGAGGAGUAGGAGAUCAAUUUUCCCCUCAGAUUUUAUUGAUUAGGGGAUUAUUGGUACUAUUAGUACCGUGUGUAAAUACAAAAUGUUGUAACCCGAAAGAGUCAAAACAGGGUAACGUUUUUAUAGCCCGAAAAAUUGCAGAGUUUUGAUUUUGUUUUCUAGUCUAAUUUUGGUUUCGAUCUUUCUUGUUUCUAGGACUCCAAACCCAAAAUAGUUCAAAUAACAGGAAAAUACAUUAAUCUUUGUGAUUGGAUUAUUACGAAUUGCUCUGUUUUGCCCUGUUUUCGCAGGGGUGCACUACGUGUAUCGAUUUGAAUUAAUUAGGCGAAACUCCGGAUACGGCGGGAAAUCAAAAGAAAAAAAAAGAAAGAAAAAUGACCAACGAGAGUUGAAUUAAGUAGUAAGUGAGUUAUUUCAGUUUAAGCAAGAGUUUGUAAUUGAAAUUUUGUGUACACAAUAAAUUUUUAUUGGGAGA